AUGCCGCUGUGCCUGGCUCCCGGCAGGCUCGCCCGCUUGGCCCCCCCGGGCCGGCAGGUGUGGCAGAGCACAGCCCGCUGCCCAGCCGCGUCAGCAGGCCUCUUGGCCGUCCUCACCGGCGAGCGGGCACUGCCAGGGCACCCUGCACGGGUGCCGUGCCGGUUUGCCACAUGGUGCCGGCGGAGGCAGCCAAAGAGUGUCCCCGAGGUCUCCGCCCCACGCCAGCCCCCCACCCUCCCCUCAGCCCCGGGUCCUCCCCGUCCCCUCCGGAGAGUGUCCCGAGGUCCCCGCCCCACGCUGAGGCCCCACCCCGUCCGCAGGCCCCAGGGCGGCUGCCCCUGGCUUCUCCAGGGGGGCGGCGGCGAGAAUGAGCGGCUCUGGGCCGAGCUGCUGCGCACGGUGAGCCCGGACCUGACGCUGGACGUGGAGCAGCCGCCGCUGCCUGCCCGUCCCAGCCAGGCGUCCGGGAGCAGCUCAGAGUGUGCGGAGUCCCCUGAAGUCUUCACUGUCGGAUCCAAGACAUUUUCCUGGACGCCCUUUCCGCCCGCCCCGGCAGCCCCCGGCCGCUCCUAUGGGCCUCUUCAAGGGGCAGGAGGAUGCCCGGAGUCCCCCAGCAGGUCCCCCCAAGUACGCCCGGCGCCCGAACCCUGUGGGACCCCCAGCGCAGAGGAGCAGCUGGCCCUGCAGAGCUGCCCCAUGUGCCAGCAGGAGUUCGCCCCUGGGUUGACCCAGCUGGACAUUGACAGCCACCUCGCUCAGUGCCUGGCAGAAAGCACUGAAGAUGUGGCGUGGGCUGAUUUUUCGCAGUAAGAUCAACAAACUAACAGGCACAGUCGCAGGCGGGUAAGUUGAAACCCGUUCGUGCCACGGAUGCGGUCGGUCCCCUCAGUGGACAGGCACUGGCUUGGGGCGGUGCAUUUUCCCAACUUGGAGGACAGACGUGUACAGCUCAUGUCUCACCGCUAUUCUAAUUCCGGAAGUGAACUCUUGUUCACGUGCAGCUGCACACACUUGCCAGGAGGCGAAGACACUGUCACUGCCCCGUGGGCGUGGCGGUGCCCCCAAGUUUGUGUGCGGAAGUCCUCACCCCAAGGCAAUGGUGUUGGGGGCCUUGGGACAGAUCAGGUCACGGGGGUGGAACCUCAUGGUGGGGUCAGAGGGCCCCCUCCCAUCCACUCAGAGGAUAGCGCAAGCAGGCACCGUCCCCGGCCCAGAAGUGGCCCCACCAGAACCGUGAGGUGAGCUCCGUCCACGCGGCGUGUUUUAGCACAGAGCUGACUCAGAUGCCUACUGGGGCUCUGGGACCUCAGCGCUGACUGGUGGGACUCGGACACAGCCUCUCCUGAGACAGGGCGUCUCGGGGGCACCGGUGGUGAGCCCCUGUCCUGUCAAAGCUGGCAGUGGGGUGCGGAGUGGGCGAGUGCGCGUCUUCUGGCGGUUUCCUGCCAGUGCUGUUCCCUGCAGGUCUUGCAGAGCCAGGCUUGGGGCCGGCUCGGCGCCCGUCCCUGGGUGCCUGUCACCAGCGUCUGUCAGGGUACCAGCCGGGGGAGGCAGGCCUGAUGUGAGGGCCCAGGGUUAAUACCCAAAUCCCUAUUCUCCUGACCCACGCGGCUUCACGCAGCCGCAGACAGGAAGCGCCUCCGUGUGCGUUGCUGGUGAAGGCAGCCAGCCUGGGAAGGCCACACGCCGCACGGUUCCAGCUCCGCGUCGCUCUGGAAAAGGCCAACUGCGGAGACAGCAGAGAGGUCUGGAGCUGCAUCGGGUGAGGGAGGACGGCCAUGUGGGGUGCGGCAUUUUCAGGACAGUGAAGCUCCCGGGGGGCCAGGGUGGUAAAUCCCCGUCCAGGCCCACAGUCCUGUCACCGAGUGACGUCCGACGUGAACCGUGGUCUCGGUGACCGUGACGUGUCCGUGCAGGGUCACCACUGUGGCAGACGCACCCCUGGGCAUGCGGGCACGGACUGCACCUUCCACCCGACUUUGCUGUGAACCUAAAACCGCUCUAAACAAAUUAAAGUCUGUUUAAGAAAAUGGCUUCAAAAA